UGGGAGAUCACCUCAAUCAUCAAAGAAUCGUUGCCGCCAGUUGGAACGCAGCUCCCAUUGCUCGGUCGACCGUCUCUCGACAUAUAGCGCUAAUUGCUGGUGUCAGCCGUCUAAGCGCCAGCAUGGCUUUCCACUGUGUUUCCUUGCGCAGUGGGCAGGCAGCUGCAAGUGCCUGGUAUCGGAUAUGCCGAGGCAUUCAGCGCCCAGAUGCACAAUUUGUGAGCUCUCCACCUCACCGACUCGCUUCCACCACAUCGUCAUCCAGCACGAAGGACGCUCAAAAGAGCCAGCAAGAAGCAUCAGCAAAGCUGGCUUCUGAACAGCGAAAAAUCCUGGCAGAUCUCCGCGCAGCGACCAGAGAAGACUCCAAUUCAGAGUCACACGCUGGCCCUCGCUCCGUUACCGGUAGACCGGGACGAACGCAGGCAGAUGACCUUCGGGAUGCAGCGGAAGCCGCACUCAGAGGCAGUCGGUCUGGUGUCGGUCCGAUCUCCCUCGGAAUGAUGGGCGACACUGCAAGUACAAUGCCCGGAAGACCUAGCAGACUGGACACUUGGACCGGAGAUGGGAAAGAAUGGAAGGACCUAAGUGGCGGCCAAAAAGUCGCACGAACAACAAUCUUUUCAGGAAGACUCGUUUUCGUCACUGGGGGAGUCGCUCUGACCCUGGUUCUCGCUUACGCGCUGGCUACGGAGCUGCUUGCUCGCAACAGCCCUACUGUCGUCUACGGAGAUGCAUGCAAGCUAGUCGAAAACAAUCCCGAGGUCAAACAACAUCUGCUGCCUCCGUUCACAUUUCACACGAGCUAUGCAACAUUUGCACCUUCUGAUUCCAUCACUUCACCUUUGCCUUCGCGCAGGCACCGAAACCGGACCGUGUCAGCAGCAGUCAUGCGAGACUCGCGCACCGGAGAUGAUCUCAUGCUUGUCCGUUUUUUUGUUGGUGCGCGGGAUAAGGACAAGGAUCUGUCGCUGUGGCAGCAAACACGGCAAGGCGUCAUCGACGGGACUCUUUGGUGCCGUGAGAGGGCCGAGAUCUUGUGGGAAGAUCUUGCAGAGCGCUGGAACGAAUCUGGCGCUGCCGGUCACACGCCUGAUGAACAGCUUGCAAGGAGAGGAGGCUGGGCACUUCUCAGCGGCACCGUGGACAAGGAAGGGCAGGGCACGUUGAAUUAUGCGAAUGCAAAACUCAGCUCCAACGACAAGCCGAGUGGCGGAAUCGUUGCAAGCACAGGUAGGGCUCUGUCUGGCUUCCUUGGCAGCUUUGUAGGGUUGACAAGGGGGCAAGGGGACGCUGUGCGCACCGCAGCUUCGGCAAAGCAUGAACCUGGAACUUGGAGUUCCGGUGAGGUUCAUGGCGAGUUGCACAAGGACGAGAAUGGGGUCUUCCAGUUUAAGCGCCUAUUCAUCGACAUUCCUUCCAGUAGUUCCGUUGUGCGGAAGCGCGUCUGGAUCGUUCGCAAUGGGAACGAAGUCCAGCGGUGAUCCGAACUUCACAAUUGCAAGGCCACCACGCAGGGGCGAGCGAAGCAAUGUCCAGUCUAUCAGGCGUAGCAGCAAAUGGGUGUAGUGUACAAGAAGAAAGAAC